AUAGAACAUUGCAGCGGGUCAGCAGCGCCCUGCACUUUGCGCCUCGGUUCGUGAAGUCCUUCUAUGAGCCGAGAGAAGGAAUAAGCACGGGGAGCUCCGGGGGCAGGACGGGAGGGGGCACUGCCCGACUCCAACCCGAGUGACGCAGCGUAGCUUCCUCCGGCCGCCCCGCUCCGUGUGUAUGUGUGUCACACACACCCAGCGCAUGAUUCAUCCCUUGGACGGCUCAAAACCAUCUCCAAGUCGCACGGCGGGGCCGUCCCACACCCCUGUAGCCGGGGUUCGGAGGAGGAGAUGGAGGAACUCCGCGUCGCUUUCAGCAUCCUGGUGCUCUGCGCUGCUGGCAGCUGGGGGAGUAACAUCUGCGCUACCCGAGGGGUGACCUCCUGCAAGCAGUGCCUGGCCGUCAGCCCCCUCUGUGCAUGGUGCUCUGCAGAGGUGGUGGCACAGUCGACCCCACGUUGCGACCUGUUUGCCAACCUCCUGCAGAACGGCUGCGGGAGGGACUUCAUUGAGUUUCCCAGGAGCAGCAUCACAGUCCUGGAGGAGCGGCCGCUCAGUGAUAAGGGCUCGGGGGGGUCCACCACCACCCAAAUGAGCCCCCAGAGGAUCCAGCUGAACCUGCGGCCAGAUGACUCCCAAAUGUUCCGUGUCCAAGUGCGCCAAGUGGAAGACUACCCUGUGGACAUCUACUACCUGAUGGACCUGUCCAACUCCAUGAAGGACGAUCUGAAGAACAUCCAGAACCUGGGUACCAAGCUGGCCAGUGAGAUGCGCAAGCUCACCAGCAACCUUCGCAUCGGCUUUGGGGCCUUUGUGGACAAGCCCAUUUCCCCCUACAUGUACAUCUCUCCUCCAGAAGCCAUCAAGAACCCUUGCUAUGAGAUUGGGGAAAAGUGCUUGCCCAUGUUUGGAUACAAACAUGUCCUGACGCUCACGGACGAGGUGAUGCGCUUCAACGAGGAGGUGAAGAAGCAGAGCGUCUCACGGAACAGGGAUGCACCCGAGGGUGGCUUUGAUGCCAUCAUCCAGGCCACCGUGUGUGAUGAGAAAAUUGGCUGGAGGAAUGACGCAUCCCACCUGCUGGUCUUCACCACGGACGCCAAGACACACAUUGCACUGGAUGGCAGACUGGCUGGCAUUGUGCAGCCCAAUGAUGCUCAGUGCCACAUUGACAAGGAUAACUUCUACUCAGCUUCCACCACGCUGGACUAUCCCUCUCUGGGCCUGAUGACUGAGAAGCUCUCACAGAAGAACAUCAAUUUGAUCUUUGCUGUGACAGAUACGGUUGUUGGUCUCUACCAGAAUUACAGUGAGCUGAUCCCAGGCACAACUGUGGGCACCUUGUCCAGAGACUCCAGCAAUGUCCUGCAGCUCAUUGUGGACGCCUACGGGAAAAUCCGCUCCAAGGUAGAACUGGAGGUGCGUGACCUUCCUGAAGAGCUGUCCCUGUCCUUCAAUGCCACCUGCCUCAACGACGAGGUCAUCACUGGGCUCAAGUCCUGCAUGGGGCUCAAGAUUGGGGACACGGUGAGCUUCAGCAUCGAGGCCAAGGUGCGAGGCUGCCCACAGGAGCGUCAGAAAUCCUUCACCAUCAAACCUGUGGGCUUCAAGGACAGCUUGACCGUGGUGGUGAACUUUGACUGCAACUGUUCCUGCGAGAGCCAGGCCGAGGCCGACAGCUCCUUCUGCAGCAAAGGCAAUGGCAGCCUGGAGUGCGGGGUGUGCCGCUGCAACCCGGGGCGCCUGGGCUCACACUGCGAGUGCUCAGAGGAGGAGUACAACCCCUCAGAGCAGGACAACUGCAGCCCACAGCCAGGACAGCCCCUCUGCAGCCAGCGUGGCGAGUGCAUCUGUGGGCAGUGCGUGUGCCAUGGCAGUGACUUUGGCAAGGUGACGGGCAAGUACUGCGAGUGCGACGACUUCUCCUGUGUCCGUUUCAAGGGCCAGAUGUGCUCAGGGCACGGGCAGUGCAGCUGCGGAGACUGCCUGUGUGACUCAGACUGGACUGGUGACUACUGCAACUGCACCACGCGCACGGACACCUGCAUGUCCAGCAAUGGGCUGGUGUGCAGCGGCCACGGCAUCUGCGUCUGUGGCAAGUGUGACUGCAUCCAGCCUGGCUCCUAUGGGAACACCUGCGAGAAGUGUCCUACGUGCUCGGAUGCCUGCACCAUCAAAAAGGAAUGCGUGGAGUGCAAGAAGUAUGAGCGGGGCACGCUGAUGGAGCAGCAGUCCUGUGGCCGCGUGUGCCGUGAUGAGAUUGAGACAGUGCAGGAGCUGGGUGACAGGGGCAAGGAUGCUGUGAACUGCACCUACAAGGAUGAGAAUGACUGCGUGGUGCGCUUCCAGUACUACGAGGACUCCAGUGGCAAAUCCAUCCUCUAUGUCAUAGAGGAGCCAGAGUGCCCAAAGGGGCCAGACAUCCUGGUGGUGCUGCUCUCAGUGAUGGGUGCCAUCCUGCUCAUCGGCCUGGCUGCCCUGCUCAUCUGGAAACUCCUCAUCACCAUCCACGACCGCCGGGAGUUCGCCCGCUUCGAGGAGGAGAAGGCCAGGGCCAAGUGGGACACGGGCAACAACCCAUUAUACAAAGAGGCAACCUCAACCUUCACCAACAUCACAUACCGUGGGAACAUGUAGGAUGCUGCACCCGCCGCUGGCUGUGGGAUCAGCCCAGCACUGUGGGAUCUCCUGGAGUCCAGUUUACAGAAGAGCUUGUGUGCGUGUCUGUGUGAGUGUCUGCGUGUAAUUUAACAACCCCUUGGCUGUCUCCGGCCCCGCUGUCCAUCACCUCACUGUACUGCAGGGAUGUGCUUCCACAGCAAACCUCUCGUCCUUACCUCGGUGGGCCAGCGGCCCCUCCAUACACUGAACAUGGUGACAUGGGCCAUUCUGCCUUGGAGAGACUGUGAACUGCGAGGUGCUCAUUGGGCUGAGGGGGUUUGGGUAGAACUCAAGGCUGUGAGCUGUGUUCUCCUGCAUGGCCUGUGCUGGAGAAACCCACUGAACAGCUGCAGCCCCCGUGUUGCCUUAUGUGUUGAGGACACACAAGCAAACCGGACAACCCUCACCUUUCUGACAUUGCUGCAGUCUGGGACAAUGCAAAGCAGUGUCUGAGCUCUGUGUGACCUCAUCCUUCCCUCCAUGUGCCACCAGCAGCCACCUUCAUGUAGCACCAGCUGUGCUGGUCCCAGCGUCUCCCACCACCGUCCCCCUUCACAAAGCAUGUGGAUGUGUUGUAUCCCUCGAGCCUGGCUCUCUGGGGAGCAACCUCCCAGCCUUUCUCUGUGCUGUUUGAGCUGUGUCAUGGUACUGUGCUCGGUUUUCUGUGUGGCUCAGGGUCCAGAAGAGCUGGCAGGGGUCAGGCUAUAUCCUGCUGCCUUCAGUUGUGUCUCCUGUGGUUUUGUCCCCUGUGGAAAAAAAUAUCCUGGUGGCAGAGCUGGGUCAGCUGUUGUGAUGCCUACCCCAUGCAGGUCCUGGUGGCUCUGUUUCCCUUGGUUCUACCAAAAAGCAGUGGAGAUCCUAUGCCCCAUGCCCACCUCUAGUGCCCAAGACUGUCCUGCAGGUGGUGGCUAUGUCCCCUGCCUGCCCCCAGCAGAGUGGGAACAAGGGCAGCAUCAGGGAUGGUGCUGGGUGGCAGCUGGGGCUGAGCCUGUGGGUGGGCAGAGAUUUGCUGCCCCUGUGGGCACUUCCCAGGGCACCAAAUAAAAGACCUCAAACACUCAA